UUCUGACCCAUCCCUUCACUGGCGGGUUGCGCCCUUCAGCCAUAACGCAGAUCCCCCGAUAAGCUACAAGCCAGGCGACUUCAGCUAAAUACAUCAUACGUCACCGGGUAGGGGGCUCGAAAGAAGCGUCUUACAGAGAUGAAUCGUCUUGCAGUGCUGUGCGUCUGUUUGGCUUUGAUGGUUUCAGUCGUGGGCAAACGAGGAGGAGGUGGAGGUUUUAAAGGCGGAUUCGGCUGGGGGAAAGGAAGCAGCACGGGUAAUAAAGGAACAAAUACUGGAAGCAAAGGAGGCAGCAACACAAGAGGGUCAUCAUCAGGAGGAACACACUCUCAACCAGCAAGUUACCCUCGUCAGCCUCAACAACCUAAUCAAAAUCCCCCACCAUACCCCGGCACAGGUGGAGGAUACCCUGGUUCCUCUCCUGGAAGAGGGGGUGUUGGAGGAUACCCCAAUCAAGGAGGGAAUCCGGGUCAAGGACGCUAUCCAAAUCAAGGAGGCUACCCGGGUCAAGGAGGCUACCCGGGUCAAGGAGGCUACCCAGGACAAGGUGGAUACCCGGGCCAAGGAGGCUACCCAGGUCAAGGUGGAUACCCGGGUCAAGGCGGCUACCCAGGUCAAGGUGGAUACCCGGCUCAAGGAGGCUACCCAGGUCAAGGUAGAUACCCGGGUCAAGGAGGCUACCCAGGUCAAGGUGGAUACCCGAGCCAAGGAGGCUACCCAGGUGCAGGUUCAUACCCAGGGGCACGUUCAUAUCCCAACAGUUACCCAGGAAGGGCUGGAGGAUACCCUUAUCCUCAAGGAGGCUCUUACCCCGGGUACCCAGUCCGAGGAGCAUCUUAUCCUGCUUCCAACCCCAGCCAACAUGGUGUUGCAGGAGGAUAUGCUGGAGCAGCACAGUACCCCUACUGGAAUCCCAACAACAAAAUUAUCAGCCCUCGCUAUGGUGGCAGCUAUGGAUAUGGUAGUUAUGGAGCUGGUGGUUCCCCUUUUGCACAGUCUGUGCAUAAUAUGGGCAUGAAUCCAUCUCUUAAGUCAAAGGGAUUUGGUAAGCAAGCAGUAAUGGCGGCUGGAGUUGGAGCUGUAGCUGGCAUGGCCUUAGGCUACGGCCUGGGCAGUUUCCCCCGCCCGCACUUUACGUUCCACAACCCACAGGAAGAAUAUUAUUAUAACCAUUAUAUGUACAGACGCUAUGGCUCCAGACCCUCUGACAGUAACACAGACCCCAGAUCUCCAGGCGAUCCUGAAUCAAGCAACACUGACCCAGGAACCAGUAAUGCUUAUGACAUCUUUCGAAAUCCUCCACCGCAGUCCUAUGACAGCUUCAUGAACAGCUGUAUGAAGAGGACUGACUUGUUACAAGGGGAACAGGGAAACAGAAACAAGAGAGCUGCUGAAGACUCACAGCCCCCUGCUGUUGCAGAUAGUGAAAAAGGCACUGUUCAAGGGGAGGAUUUUCUAGAAAAGGAGAAAUCAGCUGGAACAACAAAGGUUCCACUCCCAAGUGGCAGUACAGAUAUAAAUGAAAGCACUGGGGAAGGAUCCAUGGCCAGAAACAACACAGAUAUCCCUUCAGCCGCAAAACUCACAGGUGCUACGGAGAUACCCAUGCAACCUCAAGAGGACAAAAUGGAUGAGAAGAGCGAGGAAGAAGACGACACUGUGAGCAUAAUGGAGAUUGGCUAUCCUGCACUGAUUGAGCAGCUGAAAGCCCGACGCUGUGUUGAGCUUUAUAUGGUUAAUGCAGAGCGCCACGCCCAGCGCCAGAUCCAGGAGCGCAGUGGUGACGGUGCCCCCUCAGGAAAUGGGGCACAGCCCAGGUCCCUCGGCCAUGGGGUCACACUGGUGCUGAGCAGCACCCUGUGUCUCCUCCUCAGCUCCCUGUUGUUGCACUGAGCAUAGAAAGCUUGCACUACAUCCUUUUGAGUUGAAACAGGCCAAGGUACUCAUAGGAAAGUAACAUCUGAUGUCAUAGAGGUAGGCAAUCAGUUGAAAAAUAAUGAUGUGGUAUCAACAUUUAGUAAGGACUCACACUCUUGGCCAUUUAACCCUAAUGAGGGAGUUGGGUUAUUGAACUAUAUUUCAGAAUUAGUUCUGUUAUUUCCCUCAACCUCUUGCUGUUAUAGAUUAUGGGCUGUUGAAGACAUAGGCAAUAUCUGCUUCUAUAAUAAUUGCUGGAAACAUUUUAAUAUGUGGUUGUUAUUAAAGCUGUUACAUGAUUGCAGUUGUCUGCACAGCACAUGUAGACC